UGAAUGCGCAAAAGACUACCAAUUUUGAAGCCUGUCGUGAUUUGCAAGGUCGACGUAUUCGCACUGUCAAUGAUUCUAAAAAGUUUACUAAUUUUUGUUAUUUUUUCAUAUGUUUAGAUUACAAGAAGAACUGGACGCAUUACCAGAGCGUGAGAAAGAAAAGCGUGAAAAGUUGCAGAAAAAGAUUGACGAAGGACUCAGAGGCAUCGAGCAGAAGAAAUACCGAUUUGACGACACACAGUUUUUGGAGGAUCGUGAACAAAUGGUUGACAGCGUCAAGAGUGCCGUUGGUUCGCUCUUUAAGCAACAGCAACAAAAAAAGAAGCCGGUUACAGCAGCAGCAGCAGCAGUGUCUGUUAGCAUGUUUGACGAUGACGAUGACGAAGACGAGGAAGAAGAUGAUGAAGAAGACGAACAAGUAGACGCCGAUACCGAAGAACCGCCACAAAAGAAACAAAAGCAGGAAGAAGAAACAACAUCUACCACAGCAGCAAAGGAUGGCAAAGGCAAGGGCAAGGCACCUGCAUCAUCAUCGGGCAGUAGCAAUAAAAAGACUUCAUCAGGCGACGCUGAUAGCGAAGACGAAGACGAGGAGGAUUCAAAGAAAAUCUUGUCUGAUUUUUUGGAGUCCAACUAUGAAGAAUACGACAGUGAAGACGACGAGGAUUUCGAAGAGGGCGAGGAAUCAAGCGAAGAAGAAGAAGAAGAGGAAGAAGAAGAUUUCGAAGCAGAAGAAGGCGAUGACGACAAUACCCCUCAAAAGGUCUCUUCUGGAUCGUCCUCUGCUGCAGCCGAUAAGGGCAAGGGCAAGCAGACUGGAACAAAGCGCAAGGAGCGUGAAGAGUAAAAGUAAAGGAAGAGAAAAGCAGAUCUUUUGUGAUUUGUUUUCUACAUUUGAGUUUGGGUAAUAAAGAAAAAAAAAACAAGCUAUCUUUUUUUUAUAUAUGGAUGUAUGUACAUAGACAAAGGCGCUUCAUCAUAUAUGGUUGUGCUGCAACAAAGAUUGACGAGGAAUGGCUAGACAGCCAGAAUGCACUCCUCCGAAGCCAACGGCAAACACAAACAUGCUAUUUAACGUCUCUACCAACUGAGGCUCCCGUUCGUUGAUGUCACUGUGAUCAUAGCCCCGUCCAAGCGCUCCCGAGCUAUAACGGCCCCAAGUCAACAAGCGACCUUGGGUGGUCAGUGCACCGAAAUGAUAACUACACGAAA